AUGGAACGGCGUGGUGGCGCCGUGGGUAUCCUGCCAAUCGUCCUUCUGGGAGCAUGGCUUCUCAUCGGUGUUCCGCGCACCGGCACCGAUGCCAUCGAGCUGCGGGUACAGGACUACAGCCUACUCCAAGUAGCCAUCGGUGAAGAAGUUGGUGUACCCUGCGAAGAACCUCCGUUGCCAAGCGACGGCAAGGACGACGGCACGGAGCCAGUGGAUGACAGUGGCACGUUGAAGCUGUCACAGCUCGUGACGCGAAGUGAUGUGAUAUUCAAAGCGUUCGCUGGCCACGGGAACAACCUGCGGGAGGCCGGUGUGUUGAACCGCUCCGAGGCGACGGCCGAGGCAGCACACCGUCAGCAUCAUCAACCGCGGUGGAAAGCAUCAUCAUCAGCAUCAUCAACGGCGUCCGAUUUUAUCGUGCGCCUCGAGCCCGGUACCGUCUACAAAGGAAAUGAACUUUUCAAACAGUUGCAGCUGAACAGUUGGAAGCAUUAUUUCAUCAUUUGGAGCAAUGGCAGUGCGGAGUACUCGCCCCAACCAACAGCGGCCCGGCCCACGUCGUUAGGUAACAUCCUCGUACGCACCGGUGAACCGCCUUACGCAAAACCAUCGCCAAAACAGAGCAUCCGCAGCAUGAACCGCAGCACCGCAAGAUUAAACUGCACAGCGGCUCGUCGGAGGCGUCGGCGAGACCCGUCGGACGCCACGGAAGACACCCGGCCCGACACCGAGGCCGGCCAGAUUAGCCGCACGCUAAACGAGAUACUGCCGGUUACAGUAAUCGUCUUCGGGCGGCUCGUCGGCGACCCGGGGGAAACGGAGCUGCGGGUCGACCCGUACGUGGGACUGCUACGGUGGAGCUCGAGGCUCGAGGAUGCCCUCUGGCAAGCGCUCGGGUGGAGCGAGUGGAGUGACUACACCGGCUGCAGUGUGGCUUGCGGCAAGGGCGUACAACAAAGGUUUCGCCACUGUUUGCAGUUCCCCGCGGACGCCGCAGCCGCUACCACCGGGAACGUUGCUCAUCGGUCUCGCAACCCGUCACGUGGCGUGAACGCGCGAGCACGCCAGCAGCAGCCAGCGAAAGGGUACGUAACGGCCACCACCGCCGCCGCCGCCGCAGGGGUGCCAACGUCUUCGAUCGGUGAACAGCGCGGUCCGUCUGCGUCGCCGACACGUACGCAGCCAGUCACCUUUUACCACCAACCAGGCGCCUCCAUCCGGUCGACCGAUCGCGACCCGUCACCGACCGCGAGUGGCGUGACGUCGAAAAGAAAGGCGAAAUCGAAACCGAAGAAGAACAAACCAUCUACCCACGGGUGGGACGGAAAACGCGUAAUGGAUUUUCCGACGGCUGCACCGACACCUCUGGCGUCGCCCGGCAAGAGUGCAGCCCGGCAAAACAAUAGCUUUCCUCGUGACGACCCGGAGGGUGCUUCCUGCGAGGGGCACAACAUCGAGCAACGGAGCUGCAACCUGUUCGACUGCGCAGGCACUGUCGAUUUGCUGACAGCACUUAAACCCGACUACCACUGGAGAAACUGGGACGCGAGCUUCGACGAGCGGAUCAACUACGAGAUCAACCAGCUCGAGCAAAACUUUACGCUGAUGGUCAGCUUUCGGAGUAAGCGUCCAACCCAUUCCGCUCCACCGGCACCGGAGCUGGAGCCCACGGCGGACUCGCCACCGGCGGCUGCCGGAAGCAAUAACAAUAUCCUGUCGCUGCGCUCGAAGCUAACGACGGGCCCAAGUUUGUCGAUAAAUUUCGUGACAGAUGGUCACGGCGGGCUGCGGGUGAUCCAGGAGAAGUACGGCCUCUCCGAGAUGCUGCCCGUACCGGAAGCGGCCCUGUUCGACGGGGACUGGCACUCGUUAGCGCUAAGCGGACGGAACGGCGGGGGCUUUGUGACGGUCUACGCCGACUGCCAGUGGAUCAACUCGUUCGUCCUGGCGAAGGGCUCGAUCGAGCUGCCGCAGUAUCCGCUCGUCGAGGUGGGACACGAUAUCGAACUGCAUCAGCUGACGGUGGUCCCGGGAGCCAAAUCCACGAAACUGCAGUGCGGCUCACAGGCGGUCGCGAUCCGGGACGUCGAGAACCGCCAGGUGAUAAACUAUUUCGAGCAUCUGAACUAGUGCCGGCGGCGGCGGCGGCAAGCUCAGCGGAACGUUCCGAUGCUGGGCAGUUGGGUCUUUUGGCAGUGUUACUGCGCGCGACAGCAAACAAAUAAAUCGUCCAAAGAAUUGUGCAGAGGUGAAUUUAUGCGUCCCGUCCCUAAAGCGUGAAGGUGACCGUAGAAAAAUGGAAUCAGUAACGUACAGAAUCAAACCCCACCAGAGGGGGCCGAACGUCCACAGCGCAGUAGAG